CCCCGAACAACGUUAUUCAAAACAGGAAGUAAGUACAGUAUUCGCUGUUCCCUUGAAGUUGACAUGGCUUGUGGAGGUGUUUGGAAGUUUCUUCGUGCUUCAAACCUUACAUCUCUCCGUUAUGUGGCUGGCAACACGUUAAGGCUGCGAAUGGCACCUUGUGCGGCCGGGGCAGCCAUAACCUGGGGGCGGUUUUUAUGCGACUCCCCACCGGAGAACAUCAGCCGCUAUCCUGUUCCAAACAAGAAAGACCUGCCUUUCGACAUGGUGGAGCUAAUGGAGGAAGUGGAGUCCAAGGGCGGAUUCCUGCCCAAUGUCUUCAAGGUCCUUGCCCAUCGACCGGCAGAGUUUCGAGCCUUCUUUUCCUAUUACAACGAACUGAUGAACAAGGAGACAGGGGGACUGACUAAGGCUGACCGGGAGCUGAUUGUGGUCGCCACUAGUAUACACAACCGGUGUCUUUACUGUGUCGUGUCCCAUAGUGCACUUCACCGCGUGUACUCCAAGAAACUCACCCUGGCCGACCAGGUUAUUGUGAACUAUGAGAAGGCAGAACUGACCCCUAGGGAGAGGGCAAUGCUGGACUUCGCCUUGGCCGUGUGUCGUAGCGACACCAUCACCGACCAGCACUUCCUGUCCCUGGAGGAAGCAGGCUUUCACCGCGAGGACGCCUGGGACAUUGCUGCCAUUGCUGCUUUCUUCGCCAUGUCCAACCGUCUGGCGCAUCUCACCGACUUGAGGCCCAACAAAGAGUUCUACAACAUGGGCCGUUUGCCCCGGGACAACACAAAGGGCAAGGGCCAUGUGGGUGGCGGGUAGCGGGGCUUUGGGCAGACACCCACAAUGAUGCAGGCAGAAGUCCCCUCGUGGGUUUAGGGGGAACUAUUUAGGCUUACAAGGACCUAACCGCAGCCCAAUUCCAAUCUGUUUUCUCUCUAAUUAUUAUUUUGAAGUAAUCAGAUCAGCGCUUAAAAGCAUCUAAUUUGUGGUAAACUAAGCUGGGCGAUCUUGGUAUCGCGGAACCAUAACUUCCGUCUGUGAAAUCAAAUCUUAUGCGAUUAGUACUCUACUGCUGAGCUGUAUCCUGUAAAUCCUAAUCAUUCUAUUGCAUACAGGCCCUCAGUGCUUGACUUUUCGAACAUAAUCGUGUGCGUGCGUGCGUGUGAAUUUAAAUGUGUUUUCCUGUAAAUGUUCAUUCCAGAAUAAGUAGUUUUUUCCGGUUUGAAGUGUGUAACAGUAGUGUAGUGGUUGAGUAGCACUGUGUGAGUUAACAGAACACUAACUGCAGUGCUGUAAAAAUCCACCAUGUUUUCUGAAUAAAUUAUACAUUAUUUGUUAAAUA